AUGAGUAGAAAUGGAUUUGAGUAGAUUUGUAAUUAAGCAACAAAUUUUUGGAAAUCACAACUCUAACCCUUAUAAAAAUAAGUUGAAGAUAUUUCUACUAAUUUUGGUUCAAAUAUUUUAGUUGAACCUUCUAUUUUUGAAGUUUCUGCUAAAAAAACUGAAGAUUUUCUCUUUCCAGAAGCCUAAAAAUUAAGUUAGGUAAACUAAAUUUUUGAAGAGAAAAUUCUAUAUUCUUAAACAAAUAACUCUUCAUAAUUUGAAAUUGAUUAGAAUUAAGAAUUAGAAGAAGAAUUUUCAGAAAGAUAAAGUAUAAAAAAAGAAAAGAAAAAAUCAAGAACUAAAUCCAAUAAAUCAAGUAAUAAAGUUGUAUUAAAUUAUAAGCUAAAUAAAGACUAACUAUAAAUUAAGAGGCUUUGAUUAUGGAAUUAGCUAGAAAAGACACUAAAAUUACAGAUAUUGCUCAAUAAAUUCCAGGUACAACAGUCAGUUAAAUUAAGAAUCAUUUGAAGAAAAAACUCAAAAAUUUGAAAAAAUAUAACGAUUUUUAAGGCCAAGAUAUUGUAAACCUAAUAGAGCGGUUACAAAGAUUGUAAGAGUAAGUUUUAUAAAUAAAGUUAGGGAUGAAAACAUUGAUAAUGUUACUAAAAUAGAAGAAUUAAGAUUGCAUUUAUAAACAAUAGAGAAUCACUUAGAUUUAACAAAGCAAUUGAUCUUAUAAAAAUAUAUGAUUUUAUUUCAUUAAUAGCAAUGA